CAGGUGCAGCACCGUUGCUCAAUCCGCAUUUUAGCAAGUGUUCGACUCGAAUAUACUUCUUGAAGUUGCAGUUGCAGGUGUAGUUUUGCAGAAAUGAAGAUGGGAUCAGCCGUUCUUGCCAUUGCAAUGCUGUGCCUCGCACUGCCCCGGGCUGCAUUAUGUCAGAAAGCACCGGUUGAGACGCCGGCGCCGGUGCCGGCACCAGCACCAGCACCACACCACGUCAACCUCACCGAUCUGCUCUCACUCGCCGGCCCGUACGGCACGUUCCUGGACUACCUCACCAGGACCGACGUGAUCAGGACCUUCCAGAGCCAGGCCAACGUCACGGACCAGGGCGUCACCAUCUUCGCCCCCGAGGACUCGGCGUUCGCGGCCGUCGAAAAGGCCGCGCUGUCCAACCUCACCGCCGACCAGCUCCGGUCGCUCAUGCUGUGCCACGCGAUGCCCAGGUACUACCCGCUCUCGGCGUUCUCGGUGCUGGCCGCGUCGAGCCCCGUGUCCACGUUCGCGGGCGGGCAGUGCGCGGUGAAUGUGACCGACGCCGCCGGGACGAUCCACGUCAUGUUGGGCUGGGCCAAGGCGAAGCUCGUUAGCAGCGUGUACUCAUCGGCGCCGGUCGCCGUGUACGCGCUGGACAGGGUGCUGCUGCCGGAGCAGGUGUUCCCGACCGAGCCGACCGUGGCGCCCGUGCCAGCUCCAGCGCCGGCACCGGCGGCGCACGGGGCCAAUGCGACGGACGGCGCGCCGGACGCCGACGAGCAUGGCGUCAAGAGUUUGUCGUGCCGGGUCGGUGCGGUGCGCGUUCUCGUUGGCCAUUUGGCUCUCAUGGUUUUCGGGUUCCUGAUGAUGUAGACGGCGAGUUCUUUGUGCCGGUGCGCAUGUACGGUGAAAGCUUGUUUUUGUGGGAGGAGUUCGUUUGUUGCCAAACCUUGUGUUGAAUUGCUUGCAUUGUAGACGUGUCGAUCCGUUUUACCAUAAACAUUUCCACAGGUUAAUCAACAAGAUUAUGGUCCCAGUUGUUAUGGACUU